AUGGCCCAAGUCCUCGGUGUGGUAGCCAACGUCCUCAGCGUCUUCGGCUUCUUUGCUUCCUCCUUUCAAAACCCCAACCCAAAUGUCUGUAACGUCCGUGUUGCAGCAGCCCUGAAUGGUCCCGAUCUCAGCGGUGCCGACGGAAGCAUCCAAGCAAUCCGGAUUUACAACGAGAAUCAACAACUCAUCGGUUCUCGAGGCGGCGGCUACAUUGGCAGCGGAGGCUUCGCUGACUUUGGCGUACAACAAUCUAACAACCAGCAAGCCAUGUUUGUUCAGAUCCAAGCGACUAACGACGCAAUCUGUAUCCCAUAUGCCACGACUACCUUCGUGGAUGGCGCAAACUACAAACCCAAAUGCACCUGGAUCGAUAACGACCACACCAACGACUUCAAAGCUGGCAUGCUAAUGAUCCACUGGAUCGACUUCACCAACAAGAAAACCCAAGGCUCCCGCCCUGCCGACUACUGCCGCUACCCUGCCUUCCGCGCCUACACGCCCGAAGGCGGAUCCAUCUUCAAACGCGAUGCCGCCGAUGAACCUACGAUCGUGGACCACAGACUCGUCAUUAGUUCCGAGCCUGGUCAUAAUGCGACUGAGCUCUGUGCCAGCAGCACUUCGCGCGGCCCGGACUUUAUCUCUCUGUUCGAAGGCAUCUAUUGUAACAUGGAGACUCGUCAGACGCUGCCUGUUUGCGACACGGGCGUUACGGAGCUUUGCUUUAAUGCCGAGGCCAAGCAGCUGCAGAAGCCGGAUGGAAGGGUUGAGCAGAAGAACUUUACUGAAGUCAUUGCAUGGAACUGA